AUGUCUGCUGCUGAUGAUAGCGCCGACAUCAUGGUCGGUCCUCUGGUUCAAGGUGGUUCAAGUACCUGCCACACCCCCCACGACCAUUCCUCCGACCCGAUUCAGAGGGACCUGGCGUGGAAUUGCGUAUGUGCGUCAGUUAGCUGGCUGCUGACCUGGGCCUUUGCUGGGAUAACUGGCGUCUUCGUCUCUGCUUCAAUCGAGGAGCAGAGAUCCUUCGAUGCGCGAUUCUCCCGAUUACCCAUCAGUCUCGCGAUGAUAGUCAAGGUCGGUGCCACCAAAGGCGUCAAACUUGGACUUGUCCUCAGUGCAGUAUUCGCAACUAUCUCUCUGGCCAUGUACGGGGUUUCACGAUGCAUGAACGAUAUGUGGGCCAUCGGAAGAUGCGUGGAAAGGGCUGGCAUCGUCAUGCUAGUUUUGGGACCGAUCGCUGGCGCUUUCUUCGUGGAAAUCGUGGAUCUUUACGAAGGCCCCGUCACCGUCGAGGUGCCUACAUAGUCGCGCGGGCAUGGUUGGCGCUACGGUCAUCGCAG